AAAUCCACUUUCUUCCUGUUGGCACCAUCACAAGUUAUCAGGGUCUGUGUUGGAGUGUCGGGAGAAGUGUUUUUUGGCGACGUUAUGGGUAAAAUCGAGUGGGCGAUGUGGGCCAAUGAGCAGGCUCUGGCGUCCGGACUUAUUCUGCUGACUGGAGGUAUCGUGGGGGUGGCCGGUCAGUUCAGAGGCUGGGAGUUUGCUGCUUAUGGAGUAGCCGCAGGUUUUUUUGUGUGCCUACUUGAGUAUCCACGUGGGAAGAGGAGCAAAGGCACGAGUGUGGCAAGAACGGGCCAGUACUGCUUCACGGUGUGUGUAAAAGCCUUUGGUCCUUUAACCAGGAACUACUACGUCAGAGCAUUUCUACACGCUGCGAUUUGUGUUCCUGGAGGUUUUAUGCUUGCUACAGUCCUUGGCUGUGUCUGCCUGGGCAUUGCCAGCCUUAUCUACCUGUCUGCUGCUAUCCACGGUGAACACUGGGAGCCUAUUCUUCCACGACAAGACCCUCGAAAGCCGGCUGUAGAGAGCGUCAAGAAUCCUCCACAAAAUCCUCCACCAAGACCUCCCUUAGAUAUGCGCAGGAAACGUGUGGACGACCUGGAGGGAGCCGCGUAUGACAACCCCACAUCUGUUACUGACAAUGAGUAUUAACCAAUCCAGUGGCCCGGCUUCUGUAUUCCAUGCUUGGCCUCACAUAUCUUAAGUUACCAAAACACGUAUGGCGGCACAUCUUUGGGUGUUAUAAUUCUGGACACUUGCUGUAUUUUGUGCACUGUAUUGUGUUAAAUAUCAUGUCAAGAGCUUAUUAUAUAUUGUUUUAUUAUACUGUAAAGUACUCUGUUCCUAAACCCUGUUUUUUCUUUGGCGUUACCUUGUGAAAAUACUGAUUGGUAGGAAUAAUGUAAUGUUAUUUUCUGACUGCUGUUGUCCAUUUUAUUCAAAUUUAGACAUCAUGACUUUUGUUGGUAUGUCAGAUGAACUGUGUAAAUCAAACUUUAUUAUGUGACUGAUUUUUUUUUUUACUGACUUUUGCACUUUUGAAUUGUUGUAAUAAAUUUGUUACAUCUCUUGAGCUUUAUCUGUCUUACACUUUCUUUUCACAACAUUUUAUGUGGGGAAUUUUACAACUUCCGUAUUUGAAAAAGCUCAUUUUCACUUUGACAGCUUCCUCUGUCAUCUCAAGUGUAUAGACUCUUGUAUCUUGAUCAGCAUGUAGAGUUUUAAUGGAAAACAUGAAACAGUUGAUUUAAUUAUGUGUUGUCAGACAAGUUGUGUGUGUUGGUGGAACUUGUUUCUUUUUCUGGGCCACAGGUGACCUGCUGAAUAGCUGCAGCAUUUUGCCAGCAGUUAUACUUUCUGUGAGCUUUCUCUUGACAUUCACAGCUUUUAUGAAUAACAUCGAAGAAAAUGUUUCCAGUUUUGGAAGAGGCUCCACAUCUAAAGCCGUUUGUGUAAUUAAUGUAAUUCCCUGUACAUCAUGCUGUUGGGGUUGCAGGAAUGAAGAAAGGACUGAGAAGAGCUGGUUUUCAGUGGAUAAACACUUGUUUACUAGGAAUG